AUGAUGGCAAUUGAAGCACAACGACAAUUUGUCACUGGUCUCAACGACUUGGUUCUACCCAAUCAAUCUGAAUUUGGUAGUCUGGUCAAGGAUUCAACAACAUCAUGUAAUUCAGGCUCAAUUUGUAUUGCUGGUGAACAUUUGAAACAACUGGUAGCAACCGGUUUGAAUGAUUUGGUGUUACCAAAUCAAGAAAAAUUUGGUAGUUUAGUUAAAGACUCAACAACAUCAUGUAAUUCAGGCUCAAUUUGUAUUGCCAAUGAACAAAUAGAAAAGUUGGCUGCUGCAGCUUUUAUUGUUAGUCGUUCAAACGAGCAAUCAACAAGUGCAUUUGAUUUAAUGCAUCAAUAUGGCUGUUUAGCAUAA